UCCGUUCCAUAUUUGUCUAUGCAGGUUUGCUUCUUCUCCGCAGUGUGUUCGGUCGAUAUUGCAACAAAUUAUUAUCAUUUUGAAUGGCGUUAAUGUAUAACACCAAGGCAUGACAGAGUCGUAUAUGAAAAUUUGUUUUCUAUUACUGUUGUAAUAAUUAUUCAUCUGUGUAUUAGUGAUGCGUAUUAGUGUUGUGCAGUUCGAAGAGGAAAAUGAGAAUAUGUAGCGGGUGUACAGUCUUACAGUGUAUAUUUUGGCAAGUCGAUGAGGUGCUUUUCUAAUGAAAUUCGGAUGUUUUUUUAAUAUGUCUCAGUGUGAAUUGAUUUGUGAGUUACUUCACUGCAGGUGUUGUAGUGGACCUUGUGCAGGUGACCGUGGUCGAUAUUAAAGGCCAACAUGGCGAAGCAAUUUUCUUGUUUUAUGAUAAACAUGCGAGGUUGUUAAAGAUUUAAGUGCUUGCAGCGAGACAUUUUUCUGUAGGACAUUAUAGACAGAAAUAUGCCCACAAAGGUUUCUAAGAAGGUGGUUGGAAUGAUAAUACGAAGUAGGAAGACUAUAAUGAAAGAUGGAGUAAUGACGACAUCGGGAAUAGGAGAGCCAAGUGUGCACCAUGCCCUGGUGGUCAUCUUUCUCGAGUUCUUUGCAUGGGGUCUCCUUACCAUGCCUGUCAUUUCUGUCCUUAAUGAGACAUUCCCUGAUCACACAUUCCUCAUGAAUGGACUCAUCAUGGGUAUCAAGGGCUUGCUGUCAUUUCUGAGUGCGCCCCUAAUAGGAGCACUGUCAGAUGUAUGGGGACGCAAGUUCUUUCUCCUUAUCACUGUUUUCUUCACAUGUGCACCCAUCCCACUUAUGACUAUCAACACAUGGUGGUUCUUUGCCAUGAUCAGCAUCUCAGGUGUGUUUGCUGUCACCUUCUCUGUUGUGUUUGCGUAUGUAGCGGAUGUAACUGAAGAACAGGAACGCUCCCUGGCUUAUGGUUUGGUGUCUGCAACAUUUGCUGCAAGCAUGGUGAUAAGUCCAGCACUAGGUGCAUACAUGAUGGAUGUAUAUAGUGAAAAUCUUGUUGUGGCACUUGCCACAGCCAUAGCCAUCUUGGAUGUAUUCUUUAUCCUUGUGGCUGUACCCGAGAGCUUGCCAGAAAAGGUUCGCCCAUCUUCAUGGGGUGCCCCAAUCUCAUGGGAACAAGCUGACCCAUUUGCGGCCCUGAGGAAGGUUGGCAAGGACCAUACAAUCCUCAUGCUUUGUGUGACAGUGUUUCUGUCUUACUUGCCAGAGGCUGGCCAAUAUUCUUGUAUCUUUGUAUACCUCAAACUGGUAAUGGGGUUCAGUGUUGUGAUGGUCGCUGUAUUUAUUGCAACAGUUGGCAUCCUGUCUGUCUGUGCCCAGAUAGUGUUGGGUUUCUUAAUGCGGUCUCUUGGUCCUAAGCAUACUAUUAUGGUUGGGCUUGUGUUUGAGAUGCUCCAACUCAUGUGGUAUGGAUUUGGGUCACAGACAUGGAUGAUGUGGGCAGCGGGUGUAUUGGCCUCUGUCAGCAGCAUCACAUACCCGGCCAUUAGUGCCUUUGUUUCAAUGCACUCUGAUGCAGACAAGCAAGGACUGGUGCAGGGCAUGGUGACUGGUAUGCGAGGCUUAUGUAAUGGGUUGGGACCAGCUAUGUUUGGUGUCAUCUUCUAUUUGUUCCACGUUGAUCUCAAUGAGGACUCGCCAGCAGGCCGUGGAAGGGAUCAAAGACCUUCAGUGCCUGGUGACAACAACACAGUUGGUCAAAUAUUUGACUCCAUCCAGCCUCUGGUGCCAGGGCCACCAUUUGUGUUUGGGGCAUUAUUGGUUAUAUGUGCCCUUCUGGUCGCUGUCUUCAUUCCAGAUGGUACAACCAUAGGCAGUAACCUUAGGACAAGCUCUCGACGACAAUCAGAUGUGGGCAGCUGUGCAGCAAGGAGACGAGACAAUGCUGAGGAUGACAUGGCAGAUGACCCCACAUGGUUCCACCGCCCUAAACUGAGACUCCAAGGUCUAUCAAUGGAGUUGCAGUAUGAGGUUCAGCAGAGCAAGAAACAUGAUGGAAUCAGUCCACUGUCACCACUGGUUGACAAUUCAGCAGUGCUUUAGUCAAAGAAUUUGGAUCUGGUUGGGUCGAUCACCUAGGUUUCUUGCUUGGAAAUCCAAUGUUUAAAAAAAAAACUGCUUUGAAUUCUGGAACAGGGUUUCUAAAGCAGUCAGAAUUACCUCAGUAGUACCAACAUUGCAAUGUGAAAUGUCCUUAUUGUGAUUUAUUAUGAAGUGCUUUAUUAUUUCAUGAAAGUUGCCUCCAGCCACAGUCUUUCUUUAACUUUCAUUAUGUUGACAGAUAGUUAAUUGAUAUUUACAGUCAAAUUCAGCCGUAAGAAGACAGGUAUUAUUUUAUGAUUUUCUUUGCAAUUUUAUAACACUUCUUUGAGCAAGACGUCUGAGGUAUGCUGAAUGACUAAUCAGAGCAGGUGGCCUGCUCCUUUGUUGUGGAAUGGAUAUUUUUUCUAUGCAAGACAAUUGUUGGUUGCUUUCAGACUUUGACCUAAGGAACUCUUACAUAAAUAUAAUCAGUACACCUCUAAUAUUGAGCUUCAUGAGACUUAGGUCAUUAUUUUUAAUAUUGUUGUUACAUUUACAGAGUAUUUUAUUUAUUGAGAAUACCACUUAUAUGAAAGCAUAGCCUUGUUUGCCAGAAACUUCUACAUGCAUAACAUGACAGUAUUUAGUUUGUUCAGUUCUCGAAACUUCUGAUGUUGGCACAGCACCAAACUGAGGCUUGAAGUUAGAAGUGACUUCGUCAUUUAAUGAAUUACAUGAUUGCAGGAACAUUUUCAUUGUGUAUCCCAGCAAUUCUCUAGGUCCAUCGUUACUUUUAUUACUUGGUCCUGCAGGCUAAGUAUUGCCUUUGCUCAACAUUACCUGUGAGUUAAAAUAUGCCCAUCAACCCUGUAGAACUGGGAGAUUUAGAAUCCACUCAUGUGGUAAAUCGUGCCCACAGAUAUAUAUGAAGCCCAUAGCACUGAGAGAUGAUUAAACCUAGACUUUUGCAACUAGGGCACACACACAGAGGAUGUCUGGGACUUAUAUGGGACAGUUGCCUAUAUUGUACCAGUUUUAGUAAGGAAGUGUGUUCAGUUUCUGCCAAUGUGAAUGUUUUAGCACAUGGCCAGAAGUUGUAGUAUGAAAUGUGUUUCUUCUGAGAUUUUUAUUCAUAAACCAUUUGGAUUUUCUAAGCACUUAUAAAAUAUAUAGCAAGUGGUACAAUUUUGGUAAUACUUCCCAAAUCAUACCAUGCUUUCCUUAAUCAUGCUCCUAUAAUGUAAUGGAGGAAUAACAAUUUUUUUUUUGUUUAAGUUUUGUUUUCUUACUAUUGCUUAAACAUGUCUUUUACAUACAGGAAGAAAACAUUAAAACAUAAUGGAGGACAGUAAUAUCAGAGAGGUGAAGUAGAAUGAAGCUUGGCCUUCAGGAUUUCUAUUAAUGUUAACAUAAUAUGAAAUCUAGAAAAAUUAAGCAACAGUCAAAAGAAAAAAAUAUUAAGCACCAAGAUAGGCCACUGCUUUAUUAUUUAAGCUUUACAGAGCUCACUUGCAAAAGAUGUUUAGUUUCUUUCUUGCUGAGCUUACUUCCCCUCACUCAUCCACUUAUUUCCAUCUCUAAUGCAACAUAGACUUUUAUUUUAAAUGUCACUACAAUAACACAUAAUUUCCUAAAGUGCGAUUUUAAUAACAUUUUAAAUAAACGUUUAUGUUGCAUUAUAGAUUAAAACAAGUGAGCGAGUGAUGCAUCAGUGCAACAGGAUCCUGAAAUAUAAUACUACUUCGUCUGUAUUUUUCAUGUGCUCAUUUAUUACACAUUGAGCAAAGGAUGGUAUCUUCACUGACAGUUUCUUGGCAUAAAAACUAGACAGUUCUUCAUUAGAAUUUUUAACCAAGCUCGACCUGCUUUUAGCUCCCUUUGAUUUGAGUGGUUUUGCUGCUUCCUUUGUGCCUCUCUUGCAAUCCCUUUCUGCUUGCUGUACUUUGCCAUGUCUAGGGCCUACUUGUGAGGGCUUGAAGUCAAAACUGUUGGUUCAUGCACAUUUUUUUUUACCUCUGUCCUUCACAGUUUGAGGUAGACUUAGUAAGGGGGCUUAUUUGUCCAGUGUAACUGCAAAUACUGAAGGCUGUAUUGUGAAACUGUGCUUCUUGCCAAUUAUUUGUUUCAUUUGGGAGGAUAGAAGUUAUUUAUUCUGUUAUCACUUCAGCACAGUUUAUGUUUAUCACUAGCCCAAAAAUCAUGGUCUGAAAAACUGAAGAGUCAACUGAAUAUACAUAUCUUGCUUGAAAGUCAUUCAUUGCAUGGCAUAUAGUUGUUACUUUUCCGUGUGCUCCCACCCGCAGACUUGUUUCAAACAUUGUCACUAUUCCAUGGGUUAGUGCAUAAUGACUGGGCCCAGUCUUGCCUGAUUGGCUUCUAUCUUAGUCAGCAGGUGUUCCACCGUUUGUUCCAUUGUUUAGUAUGAAAAUAUAGCUACCUACUGUGGUCUCCAAUCCAACAAUUUGAUCAAUCCAGUCUCACUAACACCAGUUGUCACAUAAUGGAGUGACUGUUGACAGGGUUUGGAUUGGUAACUGGAUUUAUUGAAUGCUUACAGAGAAUAACUACAAGCAACUAUAGCGUUAUCUCUAAUUCACACACUCGGCUGUUCACUACAUCAUGUUCUAAGUCUUCACAGUCUGCUGUGGCUUCACCAGCCAUUAUCUGAUAAUGGCAUCCAGUGCUGUAGAUCACUCAAUUUCCGUGUUCAUGUCCAUACUGGCUGGCGACUGUCUCACAGCUAACUCCACAGGCUGGUGGCCAUCUUUCAUCGACCUCCUGCUCUUCUGAUUGAUUCAGACUCAGUUGACUAAACUCUAGACUUGUCCUACUUAUAACUCCUCGGCAUGGACCACACAGAAAACAAGCUCCCAACAGUUCUUUUGUUGUUGCAUUAUGCAGCUGUUGCACAGACUGCAUGGAGAACACCGGUUCACAGUUAGUGCAGUGGUGUGUGUUAGGAAUCUGUUGCCUAGCAGCAGGCAUUGUUUACAGAGUCAUUGCUUGGCAACAGGUCUCCGUGCUACAUUAUGAAGCAUUUCAUCAUAACUUUGAGACUAUAACUUUAGUUCGGUUAUAUACAUUUUGUUAUAAACAAUUAAGGGCUUAAAUUACUGUCUGGAAAAGGUGCAGUUUUGUAAUGUGAGUGAUGGAACCAGCUUCUCAGUAAAGGAGAACUUAUGUUAUGCAGUUUUGAGAAGACGUAAUUCUUAUUUAAUAGUAAUUUUAAAACAUGAUACUUAUUAAGUGGUAUGUAAUAUCCCCUGAGCUAACCAUGGUAGUGUUUUGCUGAAUUAUGUUCCUUAUGGUAAUUAUAGUAAGUCUUCCAUACCAUUAGGAGCCAGGAUAGCGUAAUUGGUAUAGCAACUGGCUGCAGGCUGGAUGACUGAGGGGUGAGAGUUCAAG